AUGACCUUGCUAUUGGCGCGUUGCUCGUGAGUGAUUUAAAGCGCUCGGAUUAGGACAAGAUAUACGGUUAAGCCCUCGUAUUGUUUAACCAGGUGCAACAACAGAGGAUAAAGAAUGGCAAACGACGAUUUUUUGCCACUCUCCUUGCCGGACACUCAAAAUGCCGACGCUGUUUUGACACAAUCUCAGGAUUUAGUGAAUUCCCAGGAAUUACUUUAUUCAUGGGGCAGACUUUUUUCAAACAAUGAUUACUUCCAAACGAUUGAAAUGUCAAAAGGGGAAUACACAUUGGGACGAUCUCCUAGCUGUGAUAUUCAUGUGGCACAGGACUCCAAAUUAAAGUGGACCAGUACCGUUAGCAAAGUUCAUUUUCGAAUCAUUAAAGAAUCCAUCAGUGACACCAACGAUAUGGUGGUAUACUUGGAAGAUCUAAGUCAUAACGGAACUUUUGUUAACAAAAUUCUAGUCGGGCAAAAAAAAAGGGUAGUCCUGGAAAAUAACGAUAUGAUAUCGAUUACUCAAGCAAAGUUUGUUGUUUACAUAUUCAUGAAUAUUAUCGGUGUCAAUGGCAGCGGCUUGCCACCCGAGUUAAGAUGUAAAUAUGCCGUUUCUAGGACAUUAGGAUCCGGAGUUUGCGGAGAAGUUAAAAUGGUAUUCAUGAAAAUCGGUGGCAAGCGAUUCGCUAUGAAGACAAUAUCAAAGACGAGUCUUACGAUGAAUGGGAAUAGAAAUUCUUUCAAUGAUCCAGAAAAAAUAAUGAACGAAGUCAGGAUACUGAAAGAGCUCAAGCAUCCAUGUAUUAUUCGCAUGGAAGAAAUCAUCGACACACCGUCAAAUGUUUACAUUGUACUUGAAUUAAUGGAAGGCGGUGAACUAUUUGAGAGGAUUCUAAAAAAAAACGGGUUGUCAGAGAAAAACGCGAAGCUAAUAUUUUAUCAAGUUGUCCUCGCUGUCGAUUAUCUUCACACCCGAGGAAUUACGCAUCGGGAUUUAAAGCCGGAGAAUAUUCUAUUGGCAAGCGACGCUGAUGUGACUCUGGUGAAGGUGACUGACUUUGGAUUGUCAAAAUUAAUUAAAGCUGAAACAUUGAUGAGAACUUUUUGUGGGACCCCAAUGUAUGUUGCUCCAGAGAUACUCAUCACAGGUGGACGUGGUACAUACACUAAACAGGUAGAUGUGUGGAGUUUGGGAGUGAUUUUAUAUUGUUGUCUGAGUGGGUUGGUACCGUUUAAUGUUAACAACAGGCGGUACAGUCUGCAGGAGCAGAUCAUUAAAGGCAUCUAUACAUUCCCACAGACAAGGUUUCACCACGUAUCUCCAGAAGCCAUAAGUUUGAUAAAGCAAAUGAUGACCGUAGAUCCCAUGAAGCGUAUUACCACUCGGCAAGUGUUACUGCAUCCGUGGCUACGUGACAAAGAAAUGCGAGAAACUGUGCGCUUUCUGAUGACGAGACAAAGUGACGAAGAGAACUGUAGUCCAGCAUUGCUCCCGGAGUCCACCGAUGGAAGGAUCAACAAUGUCACGACAUCUUUAAAGAGGGCUCGAGUAGAAUAGAAUAUCUCUGAGUCUUGUUCUAGCUAUACCUGUAACAUAUCGACUUGAUGUACCUUGGUUGAUUCGAGGAAGACAAACGUCCUAGAACGUCUAACGACACGAUAACGACGUGACGACUCAGGAACAUUUGUUUGUUCCAUUAAGUACAAUAUGCACAUGUGAUGAUACGAUUAUUUUCCCAGACGCGCGAAACGAGAUAUCAUAUAUUCGGUAUCGAGGAGGAAAUUCUUUCCCUCCAAAGGAAUUCACCGAGGGGAUUAAUCACCGCUGUAUAAAAUUUAAUUGGAUCAUGGAAUUCUCUUCGUUCCAAAUAUAUUUUUAAGUCGGCCAUGAUUAACGGCCAUCUCGUUGACUUAUUUGGAUGAAAAGAAUUUUCCAUUCGUUCGUUUUAGCGGAAGCUGGUUCUCACUCAUGAGACGUAACCUAAUUAUGUAGGUAUAAUUGCAGUUAUAUGUAAUCUAAGGAGUUCCAAUACGUUUAUCUAAGUCAUAAGUUAAUACAGUAUUUUUCUACUAUAAAAAAAAUGAAUACGCACUCGUAAGAGUUGGGAUACAUCUAGCAAUGAAUUGAUAUAUAUGUUAUUAUUUAACGUGAUGUAUCGUUUAAAUAAUCCGUAACUGUCACGUACUUUAUUUUGUAUGCGUACCACUAAAAAGUUUUGUAUCGCUGUCGUACUCCCUUCCUCAGGAUUACAAUUAAUAUUUACGUAUUAGAAGGAUUUUGUUAUGUGAUGAAAUUCGUGGCAUAUUAAAGUUAUAUUUUCGUAUUA